AUGGUAGUGUUUUGGACUGGACUAUCUUAUACUUUACCAGGUAAAAUUCCAUCUGCUGUUCCUAGAAGGCUGGUUUGUCCAUUUCCAUGGGAAGCCGCUUCUGUCUACCACUGGACAGUAAUAAAGGAUAUGGGAAAGGUACCCCCGGUUUACAUCUUUGCAGCAUUUAUCCCAGCGGUGAUGAUAGCAAGUUUAUACUUCUUUGAUCAUAGUGUAGCUUCUAAGAUGACUCAACAGAAGGAAUAUAAUCUUCAAAAACCAUCUGCUUAUCACUAUGAUAUUUUCCUUCUUGGUAUACUGACUUUGAUUUGCGGCCUUCUUGGCCUUCCUCCAUCAAAUGGAGUCCUUCCUCAGUCCCCCAUGCAUACAAAGAGUUUGGCAGUUCUAAGGAGGCAGAUGAUCCGAAAGAAAGUGGUAAAAACUGCCAAGGAAUGCAUUAAGGAACAAGGAAGCACCACUGAGUUAUAUGGAAAGAUGCACGCUAAUCAAGAGUUGGAGAACUUGAAGGAGGCUGUAAAGAAAUCUACUGAAAGGGAUGGUGAAAAGAAAUUUGAUUUUGAUGUACACAUGGAUGCCUAUAUACCUGUCCGUGUUAAUGAGCAAAGAAUGAGUAACUUAUUGCAGUCUCUCUUGGUUGGCCUAUUGACAUUUGCCGUUUAUAUCAUCAAAAUGAUACCUACUUCAGUUCUGUGGGGAUAUUUUGCAUACAUGGCUAUUGAUAGUCUCCCAGGGAAUCAAUUCUAUGAAAGGAUAUUGCUUCUCCUCAUCUCACCAAACCGGCGCCACAAAAUUUUGGAAGGGCCUCAUGCCUCGUUUGUGGAAUCAGUACCAUUCAAUACCAUAGCUACAUUCACAAUCGUACAGAUUGUGUACUUUUUAAUAUGUUAUGGGGUGACAUGGAUACCUAUAGGAGGAAUACUUUUCCCAUUACCUUUCUUCUUGCUCAUAACUAUAAGAGAGCACUUGCUUCCAAGGCUAUUCAAGCCUGAUCAUCUUCAAGAACUAGAUGCUGUUGAGUACGAGGAAAUUAUUGGAGCUCCAUAUGUGAACAACUGCGGUGAUGAAAAGCACAUGGAAGAUUAUUAUGAUGCAGAGAUAUUGGAUGAGAUGAUAACUCGCAGGGGACAAUUGAAGCUCAGAACCAUGAGCCGAACUAACAGUAGAAGCUUCAGCUACAGCUUCUCUGAAGACAGGCCACAAUAG